GUCUUACACUCACCCGUUUUCGUUCGCUAGCCAGCGAACGAAAGCCUUCCGCGCGCGAUCGGGUCUUACAGUCGCUCUUGGCCGCUGCUUUUCGCUCGCUCGCGAACGAAAAAUCGGCGUUUUGGUAAGGAGAUUUUGGGGAGGAGUUGAGGUGACGAAAACGAGAAUUGUAACCAGCAAGUCCAAAGUAAAUGAGUAAAUCUGCAUUGAUAUAAUAUAUAUAGCAUGCGUUAAGCCUUAUACAACAGAAAUAAUCAUUCAAAACACCUUUGUUGAUGUUUUAUAAAAGUGUUUUCUGAGGUGAAGAGCGCGCCGCGCUGGGCCACAACAACACAGCGUUCACCUCCACCGCCUGCUCUUGCUCUUUCCCGACCCUCACUGCCCCUGGAGACCUCCUGCUGCUCCGGCACCAACUCCAACAACAAUGGAUAUACUAUUCGGCAUACCUGCAGUAGAGAUCCUGCAAGAACAACAUCGCCAAGAGGAAUAACUAUUAGAAGCGAGGGUUCCGCGGAUUGUAGCAAAAGAUCGUGGGAACCCAUUUCAGUGUUUGUCUGAUGAAGAGUUCAUUGAUAGGUAUCGCCUCUCCAAGGAUGCCACCAUAGACCUUAUUGAAGUGAGGCCACGUGCAAAUGUUGACAGAAUGGGCAGAGGAUGUGGAAUUCCACUGCACCUCAAAAUGCUCGUCACUUUGAGAUACCUGGCGACAGGGAAUUUUCUUCUCACCAUAGCUGAUAACUUGGACAUGUCAAAGGCAUCAGCUGGCAAGUGUGUUAGAGAGGUUGCACACCUCAUAUCAUACCUGGCACCCACCUACAUUCAGUUUCCACGACCAGAGGAAGCACACCAUGUGGCCCAACGGUUUUAUGACAUUGCUGGUAUGCCAGGUGUAAUUGGCUGUGUCGAUGGAACCCACAUCCCAAUACAGAGUCCUGGUGGGGACGAUGUUGAAGUGUAUCGAUGCCGUAAAGGUUUUUAUUCAUUAAAUGUCCAAGGCAUAUGUGAUUCAGAUUUGAUGUUCACAAGUAUUGUUGCAAGUUGGCCUGGAAGUGUUCAUGAUGCCAGAGUAUUUGAAAAUUCUAAUGAGUGCUACAAUUUAGAACAGGGUAAUUAUAAUGGUUUGUAUUUAUUAGGAGACAGUGGUUAUCCCUGUCGAGAAUAUUUAUUAACUCCAUUAUUAACUCCAAGGAAUGAAAAAGAAAGAAACUACAACAUUUCUCAUGCUAAAACAAGAAACUGUGUGGAGAGAGCAUUUGGUGUAUUAAAAAGAAGAUUUGCAUGUUUAAGUAUACCACUUCGCACCAAACUUACAAAUUCCAAACAAAUUGUGAUGGCAUGUGUGGUUCUGCACAAUAUUGCAGUGUCAAAAAAAAUUGAACUUAUAGAUGAUGAAGUUCUACCACAGGAAGACAUAGAAAUGGGAGAUGUAGAAUUUGAGCAAGUAGUGGGUGGUAACCGUGUAAGGGAUAGAAUAGUUCAAAGAUGGUUCUAGCUCCCUGAGAAAGUAUAGAAUACUUUAGUGCAGCGACAGCCAAAUUUCUCAGGUAGGGAAGAUGAAAUCCAUGGCCAACUUUGUACAUGCAACACUCAGCCACUGUCAUGGAGCCAUAUGGUCUGGUGGGACGGAUACCUUGUCCGAAUUUCCUUCAUCUGAUUUUUUUACAAAUUAGUAAAUGUUACAAUGAAUAAUUCUACCAUUACUAUACAGUAGGCCAAAACAAAUAUUUCCAAUAGAUAUUUAUUUUUUUACUACAACUAUAUAUAAAUAUUUCCAAUAAUUCUCACAUAACAAUUGUUCUAUAUAGAUUAUUUUCCAAUAAAAAACUUUCCAUUUAUAUAACUAAUUAAUUAUUCCUUGCCUGCUCAAAGUACUAUAGAGUAGGUAAAUAUAAAUAUUUCCAAUAUAUAUUCUUUUUUCAUAUAAAACUAAGUAUAUAUUUCCAAUAAUUAAUUCUUACAUUACUCUUGUUGAAUAAAAAGUAUCUUCCAUAAAUAUAGAUAAAAUAUAGAUAUUUUUUUUCCAAUAAAUAUUAACUAUAAAAACAAAUAUUUUUCCCCCCCUCCUCAGAAAAGCAACAAAUGUAAAGUUGGGAGCAUAUGCCAUAGCUGCAAGUUACCUUGCAAUCAUCAUGAGCUAUAGUAUUCCCAUUUGAAACUGUCUGGUGGGGUGUAGGCCAGUGCGGGUCAGCUCUGCCACACACCCUCAACACCUCUUGCUUCCUCUCUCAUAUGUCACCUAUUUACUACCUUUACUACUACUAGCUAACAUAUGCAAGGGAGCUAGAGGUGUUGAGGGUGUUGGGCAGAGCUGACCCACACUGGCCUACACCCCUCCAGCCAUUUUCAAAUGGGAAUACAAUAAGGUUUGGUAUGAACCCAUUAUCUUGGGCCACAUGCAACCAUAGCAUGUACCACUAAUUUUACCUGGAGAAAAGUAGCCCAGAAAUGUUAUUAUCUUAAGAGUGAUUUGGAAAUAUAUUAUCGUAAUUACUUGACAGACGGGAGAAAAAAACAUUUACAGUGUUACACAUUCUUUCUAUGGCUGCUAGGCUUUGUAUCUCUUUUUCAUAUUUUGACUGCAUCAACUCUAGAGCCUUUUUAUUAAGAAGUUCUUGGCUUUGUCUUAGACUGUUUAAAUUACUUUCUUUCUUUGUACCAAAUCUCUUCCUCUUUAUACCUCUCCCUGUCUUACUAUCCCAUGUAGAAUUUGUAGAUGAUGAGGGGAAAGUUGCUGCGGGAUUAUCCUGCAGUGCACCUAUGGUAGAUGAAUCAGGAUUCGCUGCUGCUUCAGCUGAGGGGAUAGGGGUGGGAUCCUCAGCAAUCGACUCUGAAAAGACAGCAAUACAAAAGAAAAUUAGGAAAUAUUAGUAAGAGACUAUCGACACAUGAGUAUUGGUGGAGCGCUAAUGUGAGUUUCAACUGGGGAGGAUUACAGUCGAGCUCAAAUGCAGAGCAAGGCACUUUGGGAUCUCCUAGAAUUUUAUGGGAUUCCUUCAUCUUUUGGCAAUAACAGGCACUGCCUGAGUAGGCGAAAGCUUCGGGAUUUAAUGUUGCUUGGGGAGAAGCCGUCGUGCAGGGGUUUUCAGACAAAAGUCUUUUAAAGUUUGUGACUUGUGCAAGUCAGGGGAUCCAACCAUGAGGGACCCUGGAUGAGAAAUGGGCUUGCAUCGCAUCCUUUUAACUAUA